GAGAUUAGGUAUUAAAAUUUAACAAAAAUCCAACCUCUCAGUCUCACCAUUACUCCCAAGAAAAAAAAAGUAUUGGAAAAAGGAUAGUCGUCAAUGGAAAUAAUUUUGGGAGAAGUAAGGGAGAGUUUCAAAAGUGGCAAAACUCGAAGUUUAGAAUGGAGAAAAAAACAACUCAUAGCACUCAUUGAUCUUAUCCAAGAUAAUGAAGAAAAGCUCUCUAAAGCUCUCUUUCAUGAUCUUGGUAAACACCCUGCUGAAGCUUACAGAGAUGAGAUUGGGGUAGUGUUGAAAUCUGCAGACUAUACUUUGAGCAACGUAGAGAAAUGGGUUGCUCCUAAAAAGUGUCCAAUCCCACUGGUUUUUUUCCCUGCAAAAGGAGAAUUGCAGCCUGAACCACUUGGCGUUAUUCUAAUAUUUUCUUGUUGGAACUUUCCUAUAUCUUUGGCAUUGGACCCAUUGAUUGGAGCAAUAUCAGCAGGAAAUGCAGUGGUUCUUAAGCCAUCAGAUCAAGCCCCAGCUUGCUCUUCUGUUCUUGCUAAUCUUAUCCCUCUUUACAUGGAUUCCAAAGCUAUUCAAGUCAUUGAGGGAGGACCUCAAAUCUGUGAAAAAAUCCUACUUCACAAGUGGGAUAAGAUCUUUUUUACUGGGAGUGCACAAAUUGGACGCAUAGUAAUGACUGCUGCUGCUAAGCAUUUAACACCUGUUACUUUGGAGCUUGGAGGAAAAUGUCCCACCAUACUAGAUUCCCUUUCAACAACUUCAGAUUUAAAGGUUGCAGUGAAAAGAAUAGCUGGAGCAAAAUGGGGGCCUUGUAGUGGACAAGCAUGUAUAGCAGUUGAUUAUCUUCUGGUCGAGGCAAACUUUGCUCCAACUGUGAUUGAAAUGUUAAAGAAAACUAUCAAGAGAUUUUAUGGUGAGAAACCAAUAGAGUCAAAGAGCCUAGCCAGAAUAGUAAAUCAACGCCAUUUUGAGAGACUAACAGGCUUUCUCAAGGACCCUCUUGUUGCAGCUUCAAUUAUACAUGGUGGCUCUUUCGAUGAAGAUAACUUGAUGAUUGAGCCAACCAUGUUGUUAGAUCCUCCUCUUGACGCUGCCAUCAUGAAUGAAGAGAUAUUUGGUCCAUUUCUUCCUAUUAUCACUUUGAAUAAGAUUGAAGAAAGUAUAGAGUUCAUAAAGUCGAGGCCAAAACCUCUAACUAUCUAUGCAUUCACCAAAGAUGAAAAAUUCAAGAGAAGGAUUUUAUCAGAAACAUCUUCUGGAACUGUCAUGUUCAACGAUGUUUUGAUUCAAUUUUUAUGUGAUACGCUGCCGUUUGGUGGUGUGGAUCAGAGUGGUUUUGGAAGGUAUCAUGGGAAGUAUUCAUUUGACACAUUCAGCCAUGAAAAGGCCAUCAUGCAAGGAAGUUUCUUGAUUGAGAUUGAGCCAAGGUAUCCACCAUGGACUGAUUUUAAGAUGAAGUUUAUCAGACUUGCUUACAGGCUUAAUUACUUUGGCAUUCUCCUGCUUCUACUUGGUCUCAAAAAAUAGAUACAACAAUAUUAAUCAACAUACAAUAACUUUAUUUUGCUUAUAUAUCCAUCAUCAGUAUGAGGAGGUUUAUUUCUGAGACUAAAUAAAACCCAAAACAACUGACUUUACUUCAUAAUAUGUAUUGUUUGGAUAUAUAUUCAGUUUUGAUCAAGUAGUCUAAGUUCUCAUCAUGGCUUAAAUAAAAAAGACUAUUUAAAACAAA